GGGCUGGCAGGAAUCCCUUGGCUUGGAGCUGGGAUAACAAAGGCAGACUGAGAAUAGCAGUCAUUCCAGCAGCAGCAGCAUCCUCAGCCUGUACCAGCAGCAGCACCACGAUUUCCAGAGGAAGUGAGAAAUGGAGCUUGACUUUGGCCACUUUGAUGAGAGGGAUAAGACUUCCAGGAACGCACGAGCAUCUCGAAUGAAUGGCUUGCCUAGCCCUACUCACAGCGCCCACUGCAGCUUCUACCGGACCCGGACCCUGCAGGCGCUGAGCAACGAGAAGAAGGCCAAAAAGGUCCGGUUCUACCGCAAUGGAGAUCGCUACUUCAAGGGGAUUGUCUAUGCGGUGUCCUCUGACAGAUUCCGAAGUUUUGAUGCGCUGUUGGCUGAUCUAACCAGGUCGCUUUCUGAUAACAUUAAUCUGCCCCAGGGGGUUCGCUUUAUCUACACCAUUGAUGGAAUGAACAAGAUAGCCAACAUGGAUGAGUUAGAGGAAGGUGAAAGUUAUGUUUGCUCUUCUGACAACUUUUUCAAAAAACUGGAAUACACCAAAAAUGUGAACCCCAACUGGUCAGUCAACGUGAAGACAUCGGCCAGUAAAAAAUCCCCACAGUCUCUGGGGAGCUGCAACAACGCCCAGUCCAAGGAGAACAAGGACUUUGUGCGCCCCAAGCUGGUGACAAUCAUACGAAGUGGAGUGAAACCACGCAAGGCUGUGCGAGUCCUCCUCAACAAAAAAACAGCCCAUUCAUUUGAACAGGUCCUCACUGAUAUCACUGAAGCCAUUAAAUUGGAAACUGGCGUGGUCAAAAAGCUAUAUACCCUGGAUGGAAAGCAGGUAACCUGUCUGCACGAUUUCUUUGGGGAGGAUGAUGUGUUCAUUGCCUGUGGCCCUGAGAAGUUUAGAUAUGCACAAGAUGACUUCUCCCUGGAUGAAAAUGAGUGCCGUGUAAUGAAGGGGACUCCAGCUCAAACACCCAAAUCUUCUUCUUCUGCCAAUCUGAAGAGUGCAGCAAAGAGCCCAGCACCAUCGCGUCGGAGCAAGUCCCCUGCUGAUUCAGCCAAUGGAACAUCAAGCAGUCAGCUGUCAACACCCAAAUCCAAGCAGUCGCCAAUCUCUACCCCAACCAGCCCAGGAAGCCUUCGUAAGCACAAGGGAUCUUGCCCUAGAACCAUUUAAAUAUUGAACUGGAUCUGUACCUGCCCCUGUCUCUGGAUGAUUCUGAUUCCCUGGGAGAUUCUAUGUAAAGUCACUGAAUGUUGUCCCCAGUUGCCAGGAGUUUGCAGCAGAAAGAAGACCGGGCCAAACUGGUGCUUUCUUGACUUUGGAUACAAUAACAGCUCAGUUUUGUUUCCUUAUUUUUCUGAUUUACUGUGUGUGCCAUAAAUCUUUGUGACCCAAAAGAAUCCAUGUUAAUUUAAAGCAAAAACAGGCAAUUAGUUCCUCUCGGGCCAUUAAUAAACUACAGCUUCCUCGACACUGCCGAUGGGCAUGGAAGGCAGCUGUAGUGGAACAAUGGUCAGAAAGCCAUGUGCUGGCUAUGAGUGGCUUGUAGUGAUGAAGCAGGCUUCAAAUGUGUGUGUGUGCCAAGUUCCCUAUUCUGAAAGAUUUCUGAUCUUCAAUAUGGCAAAGCAAUGGGCUGGUAAUAGUGCCAUUGUCACCAAAUCGGGUCACUGGCACUAUCAGUAAUCUCUUUAGCUGUGUUCCCUUUAUAGGUGGCAAAGUAAGGCAAUCCAAGGAGCACUAGGCUUAUGUACAGACUGUACUGCUGAUUCUAUUUGUAUUUUAAUGGUAAUCAAGCCCUCAGUCCCCUCUUGAUCACAAUGUUCCACUGAUAAUACAACACCAGACAAACCCUAAUGGGGUUGGCAUUCAAACACAAGGCAAUACACUAUAAGGUCUUGGGCCAUAAUGCAUUGUCGAACUGUUAAUCCCCACAUACGAUUUGCAUCAAUGGGUUUUAGGCUCAGCACUGCUAUUCAGCUGCACUCGGUUUUACCACCCCACAGAAAAUCAAUGUGCCAGGACACACGCACUGAAUUGGCACCUUUACCAGAUUUGAUAAAUGUAUCUGUUCGUUACAACCUUUCCUGGCUCUCAGGAUUGUUUGGAUAAAUCUGAAAAAAAGUUGUUUUUUUUAAUUGCUGGAAAUCCUUUCAUAAAUCUCCCACACAAUCUGUAUCCUUGAAAAAAACUCACUGUUUGCCCUUUGUAGUGAUGUAGAGAUAAAGGGUGAUAUUAAACAUACUUGCCCAGCAUAACGUUGGGAUAAAAUGCAUUGUGGCUACUGUGCGGUAUCAGUCUAUUUACAAGCUAGAUCAGUUAAUUUAUCAGCCCAAACAUCAUUUUCUUUCCUUUUUGAAGCAGGGCAAUACAGUUAACUGUAUUGCCCUGCUUCAAAAAGGAAAGAAAAUUAUAUUUGGGCUGAUAAAUGAACUGAUCUAGCUUUUUGCUUGUCUGGUUUUAGAUUAUGCUUACUGCUUCAUUAAUUGAUUAAUACAUGCAAAUGGCAUAUUUAGUGCAUUCAUGGUAGCAAAGAAGACAUCAGCUUGGCCACCAUAGCCAAGUCCCCUGGAAAUCAUGCAUAGCCAUAUGGGCACUUUGUGUUUUUUAGCACAACUCUGACUUCCCCUCUCCAAUCUGAACACAUCCAUCAUGUUUUAGUAUUGUGCUCCUGUCUAGCACCAGCCAACACUGCCAAUGGGAACAUGACUUCUUAUUUUAGCAGCAGAUGGUAGAAAUGUUUGUAAAAAUAGAAGCAAAUCUGAAGGAUACGAAUCACUUUUUGUAACUGAAGACAUUUAUACGCUUGGAAGAUAUAGGUCGGAAAGGUUGCUGAGUUUAUCAGUAAACCUGCCAUGGCUCUGUGGCUCUAAUCUCUUAAUACUGUACUCAAUCAAUUUAGGGAUAUUAUAUGAACGCAAUGAGGGGAUUUUAUAAAAAGAUUUGGGGAUAAUACCAGAGAACAGGUGGGAUGCAAGCAAAUACCACAAAGUGGCAGUAUUUCAUGAUAAUCCACAGCAGCUAAACUGGGUUUAAACAUGGAACUGAAAUCUGCACAGGAUAAGUGUAAAUGAUAUGCCUUGAAGAUUAAAAUACCAACCUUGUUAGACACCUUGUGGGUAUUAACCCAGUAUGCUAUCUUAGAAGCAAUAUUUUUACAGCCUAACUUGCUUUAACCUUUAGAAUAAUAUGCUGGAAAAUGCUGGGAGCUGUACGAUGUAAUGCUAGGAAUGGUAUCUUUUCCUUCAAAGCUCUGUUAUAUUUUCACUAUUGCAGCUUAUCUAAUUAAGACUUUGUUUUUACGUAUGCUGCUGUGAUUAGGAACUACCCUUAAAAAGCUUGGCCAUAAACAAACAGUUUAAAUCGUUCAGCAGCACUAGUGAUUCUGUCUUAUAGAUGUUUGUAUUAACACUAAUAACUGUAGGUCAGUAUCGACUGUGUGCUAUGGAUUGGCAUUAUUCCAAUAUAUAAAAAUAGAUAUAUAUUUCUAUAUUACAUUUUGAACUUUUACAUACCACUGGUCAGUGAUGCCAUGCAUUGGUCUGCCACCAAUACCACCGUGAUUGGCAAUAUCUUGGUUACUCAGAACUGAUCAUUCUGAAGAAGCAAGCCUGGCUAGCAUGGUCAAUUAAUGACCCUAGUCAGCAGAUCUGACAAACGUGUUGCUCUGUGUCCCUACAGGCUUACUGAUCUUUCAGCCUGAGGGCCAAGCAUGCAUGAUCUGGCUGUGUACUGCCUUUUAACAGGAACUACACCUUAUAGUAGCUAAUUACAGCACAUAAUUACACACCUAGUGCUAGGUGCAUAAAUGGUCCCAAAACUGAAUCCAUAAAAUGUACUUGCUUUCACUUAUCCAUAUUAGUACCGUGUACUGAUCUGUCGGUUGCACUUUCUUUGGUGCAUGAAGUGCAAAGACCAACACAUGUGGCACAAAGAAGCACAAACUUCUGCAUUGGCCCAAUGAUAACUACAAAAGUUUCCUUUCUUGUUGCCCCUAAAGGUACUUGUUAUUAUGCCAUAAGAAUUACAUGCAGUUACAGCGCAUAUAAGUUUACUACAUUUCAGCCCUCAUUUACCACCUGCACCUUAUGUACCUUGUGCAAAUAGUCUUUAGCAAAGGAUCCCUUAAAUCUUCCAUAGCUGCUGAGAUAAAAGACAUGAUAAAGCUCAUUGUGUGACCAAAACUCCUGUUCACAAGCACAUAAACCAUACAGUGUUUCUGAACCAAAUGCAAAAAGAACACUGAAUUAUUUAAACUUCUACUUAAACCUCUGCUCCUUAUUUUGAUUUGUUGACAUGUUUAAAACACAUAAGAGCCACACACAGCCUGUAAAAUAUCCUUAUUUAGUUGCUUAUCGAUGUCAUCAGUUAUAAUUGGUGCUUGGAGAUGUCAUUUGUAUCACACGUCUCAUUGAAACCUGUGUAUUAAAACAUGUAAUGUACUCCCUGGCUUAAAAUGUAGGGAUAUUAGACAUUGGAGUUCCAUGACCUGUAUAAAAGCAUUUGGCUUGCUACUCUGUAUUUAGUCAAAAAACUCCCCACUGUCAUCUAAUGUCUUUGUAUUGAUAGGAGGUACAUUAUUUACUAUAUAAAACGCCCCCCAUAUUGCCUGUCAGGUACAACUUGCCUUAUAUUUUUCCACUCUGGACGCACUGAUACACUAUUUAUAGCUAUCCAACCUCUUGUAGCAAAACACAGAACAGGUUUUUGUUUUUAACAAAUAUAAUAUGCUUAAUCUUUUUUUUUACAAAAUCUUCAGGAACUUUCUACUGACUUUUUUUAAUUCUGGAAUCUAAGGCAUACAGUUUUGUGGGGGGAACCGAUUUCAAUAACUUUAUGGUAACUCAUCAUGGCAUCAGGAUAUAUGGCAAAGCUAAACCAUGAGAAUUUGUAACUGUUUUGAUAUACUUUAUAACGCAUUGAAGUCAAGUUUUAGGUAGUAGAAUAACGCAUUUGUACUGACUGCAGGCCGAAGCCUGUCAGUGUAAACUGCAGACACGCUGUCACUAUGUUUUAAUGCCUGGGUACAAAUAUUUUCCCAUUUCUAGACUGAAAUAGAAAAUAGAGCCAAAUUAAAGGGGACACUAUAUGAUUUUUUCAAUAAGUUAAAGCUCUGCAGGGCUCUAUCAUGGCUUGCCCCUUCAGACAAGUUGAGUUUAGGUGCCCUAGAAAAAGAACACCACAACGCUUAUAUGUUAAGGAAGCAAAUCCCUGUUAUUUAAAGGGCAAGCUACUAAAAACUGCUGGCGGUUUAGUAACGUGCCUGCAUAUUGCUCUCUCCAACAAGGAUCUCUUUAAAUACCUCCUGUCCUGUAUCAGGCUGUACUUAUAGGGUUCCUUCUGCACUCUGGAGAGGGCACAGACAUUCUAUAUAGUAUAUGCCUCUUGGAACACUUUGGUUCCACCUACUUAAUUAGAGUGUCAUUAACAGCAAGUGCAUGAUGCCUCACAGGCUCAGGGGCACAGUGACAUAGCCCAUAGUAUAUCUAGAGCAAGAUAUUCUCAAACCAUCUGAUUAUUUAAUAAUAAAACAGUGUUUUUGUUAUUAGGGUAUUAUAAUAUAGAGGGCGCUACUAUGGGAGCAGGAUAAGCAACGGUAAUAUUUAUAAAAUAUGCUUAAUGCACUUUAAAAAAAAAAAAACAAUUGGCUGUAUCUGAUGUGGUAUUAGAUGGUGAAAUGUCAUCAGUUUUUAUGCCUAAAUAUGAAGCUAAAAGUCAUCCAAUUUGUGUAAAAUAUAGUAAAAGCAAGGGUCCUUAAUUUACUUAUGUUUGAUAACAGACCUCCCUUCACCCCCAGCCCAAAAACAACCAGUAAGGUACUGUGGUUUCCCAGAACAAAGGUUUAGGCACAUUCUAGCAUGAGCACAAAUAUGUUAAUAGAAAUCUAAGUAUAAAGUGACACAGAUGCAAUGACAGUGACCAGACAGAGCACUGCUUACUGCCCAUGCCAUGCAGUCUCCUACAUUAAUUUUCCCCAGGGUGUCUUACCUCUAUUGUAUUCUAAAUGCAGUUAAUAUACAUUCAUAUAUAUAAUUCUAAGUGGCCAUUCCUACUGAGAGCAUGGUUUCUGGAACAUUAAAAAAUGUACACAAGCCCCCUGCAGAUAUAUAUUGUUUUUUAGAUUUGACCAGGGGGGGUGAGGCUUCUGCCUCAGGGGCCCCUGCACCCCCCAAUGGCCUCGCCGCCUUCACACCCUCCCCCUGCCGGGGCCCCCCCACACCCGUCCAACCCCCUCCCCCGAGCGUGCCUAAAUAAAACUUACAUGAAGUGCGUAAGGGGGAGGGAGACUGGAGAAUCAGUGGAGCACCCUGCUGGGGUGAGGUCUGGGCCGAUGGGGCCCACCGUGGUUUUUUCCGGUGCCACAGCGGCCCAGUCCAACACUGGAUUUGACAGUGACAGGGUUGAUUAUUUUUGGGCUUAUUUGAUACAAUUUAGAUAUCCUUUCAUUAAUUGUCCCAAUUAACUACUGUACUAUUUCUUGGAGUAAAUUGUUGAAAAUGAAAUAUUUUUACUUGCCCCUAGGUUUAGCCAUAAUCUGCUUGCUGGCUGCAGUUUCAAAGUGCAGAGGCUCAGUAAGCACAAUAAUAACAUACAGUUUGCUUUCUGUUCUGGUUCAAAAGACUUUACCUUGGUGUUUAAGGUUUUUAAACCUUAAACACGAGUAGUCACAUUUCAUACGUGCAAAGUAAAUUGUCGUUUAUGGGUAUAUAUAUAUAUAUGCUGCAUAUAGUCAUGUGGCAGUGCUUAAGCCCACUACUGGAGCAAUGUUUAUUGGGUAUUACUAUAAAUGUGGGCUUUAUUAUGAAUGCCAGGGGAUCCUGCAGAAGCUGUAUAACCAUGAUUUCACACAAGGAAGCAUGAGGAUAUCUGCACCAAUUAAUGGCUAAUGACAAGGACUUUUUUUAAGGUCUAGCUCUGUGUGGUUUAUUGUGAAUACUUGGGUUGACUUAAAUAACACCAUGCUCCCAAAUCAAACAUCAAACCAUACUGUAAGUCUAUGAAUGUUUAGUUGACAAGAUUCUCAUGUGACUAGUACUUUUUUCAAUGAUUAUGGCUUCUCCAAUGAUUUUCUCAUAGAAUGGAAUUGUGCAGUGAUUGAAGACUUUGGUUACUUAUGACAGGUCCACGGGCCAAACUGUAAAUUAUCUGGCAUGGGAUAGGAUAACAGGCAAUUAAGAAGUCAUUUUUGUUUUAAACAUUUAGAAUAUGGGUGGGGGUCAAAAAUAGUUUAACAUGGUGACUGGAUACAACCACAGUCUAGUUAGUUGAUAGCCCCCACUGGUAUACGUACAGGGGUUAUCACCUGCCCUAGAAGCAGUUGCUGCAGUCCUGUAUUGAUCUGGUCAGUGAUCCCAUGGGCAGAUGGAUAGGAUUAGUGAUAUUUAUCAUACAAACAAGAUUUGUUUGUAAUACUUCCCAGCACUUUUUUGUACACAAUUAAAAUAUAUAUAUAAUCUGUGUGUGGUAGUUUGUGGUUUUGCCAGAAAGAAUGAACCAUGUUCCAGGCUGGUGCUGAAAGUCUACGCAUGCGAAGACCAUUUUAUUACAAGAUUUGACAUUUGUAUAUAUAGUUAUCAUGAAGAACAUUUUGGGGGGUAUCUGUGGGUAGUACCCAUCAUUUUGGCAUAGAAGUGUAUCUGAGUGAUGGAUUAGGAAAGUUUAGGGUCAAGGUAAUUGUCUGGGAUAAAGCCCAGAUACAAAAUAUUUAGCAGUAAAAUAAAUUUUGGGUACAGAUCUAGGUUUUAUCUGCUUUUCUACAUAUGUAAAAAAAUGAUUUUUUUAGUGAAAACCUUUUUAUAUGGUAUUGUUUCCAAUUUUCGACUUUGAUAAGACAAUAUUCUUUCGACUUCAGCCCUUUCGUGAACACGCUAUGAGUGCCCCACCUAUUUUUAGGUAUAAUGUUUAUUAGAAUUAAAUAUUGCUAACCCCUAUUUUACACUUAGCAGAAAAUAACAUGUGUCUUUAGGGGUGAAAUAACCUGAUAUAACCUAUGGUUCUGCAGAGCAUGUGGGAAGAAAGGGGAUAUCAGUUAUCAGAGCAAGAUAAAGAGAGCAGGGAAAAUGGGAGCAGCCAUACGUUCUAUCAUUGCCCAACUGGCUUUUUGUUGAAGUGCAACUCACACUGACGGUUGAAGGCCUCUUUGGGGUGCUGAUAUUCAUACUUCAACACCAUUUGAAGGUCCAUAGAGAACCCUACUAGCCCCUUAAAGUUUGGUUUGUCCAGGGCCCCAUCACCACUAAAGAGAAGCCCAAUGUAAAACAAGACCCAACACACUCAGGGCCGGAACUAGGGGUAGGCAGAAGAGGCAGCUGCCUAGGGCGCAACGAUUGAGGGGCGCCAGGCAGGAGCC